UUUUAGGUUGCUGUUUGAACACCUGGAGAAAAAUGACAUGGACAGAGAGAAGGGACUAAAGGAGCUAUAUGCAAGGCCAGGAGGAAGAAAUGAUUCCUUUCUGCUUUUGUAUGGGAGAUCUGACUGGCAUAGAAUCUAUGGAUCAAUGUCGCCAUACCUUGGAACAGCAUAACUGGAACAUAGAGGCUGCUGUACAGGACCGAUUGAAUGAACAGGAGGGUGUACCAAGUGUUUUCAACCCACCUCCAUCCCGACCCCUGCAAGUUAAUACAGCUGACCACAGGAUCUACAGUUAUGUUGUUUCAAGACCACAGCCAAGGGGGCUGCUUGGAUGGGGUUAUUACUUGAUAAUGCUUCCAUUCCGGUUUACCUAUUACACAAUACUUGAUAUAUUUAGGUUUGCUCUUCGUUUUAUACGGCCUGACCCUCGCAGCCGGGUCACUGACCCCGUUGGGGACAUUGUUUCAUUUAUGCACUCUUUUGAAGAGAAAUAUGGGAGGGCACACCCUGUCUUCUACCAGGGAACGUACAGCCAGGCACUUAACGAUGCCAAGCGGGAGCUUCGCUUUCUUUUGGUUUAUCUUCAUGGAGAUGAUCACCAGGACUCUGAUGAGUUCUGUCGCAACACACUCUGUGCCCCUGAAGUUAUUUCCCUAAUAAAUACUAGGAUGCUUUUCUGGGCAUGCUCCACAAAUAAACCUGAGGGAUAUAGGGUCUCACAGGCUUUACGAGAGAACACCUAUCCAUUCCUGGCCAUGAUUAUGCUGAAGGAUCGGAGAAUGACUGUAGUGGGACGGCUAGAAGGCCUCAUUCAACCCGAUGAUCUUAUUAACCAGCUGACAUUUAUCAUGGAUGCAAACCAGACUUACCUGGUGUCAGAACGCCUUGAAAGGGAAGAACGAAAUCAGACCCAGGUCCUGAGACAACAGCAAGACGAGGCCUAUCUGGCCUCUCUCAGGGCAGACCAGGAGAAAGAAAGGAAGAAACGGGAGGAGCGGGAGCGGAAGCGGCGGAAGGAGGAGGAGGUGCAACAGCAAAAGUUGGCAGAGGAGAGACGUCGGCGGAAUUUACAAGAGGAAAAGGAAAGGAAGUUGGAAUGCCUGCCCCCGGAGCCUUCCCCUGAUGACCCUGAAAGUGUCAAGAUCAUUUUCAAAUUACCCAAUGAUUCUCGAGUAGAGAGACGAUUCCACUUUUCACAGUCUCUAACAGUAAUCCACGACUUCUUAUUCUCCUUGAAAGAAAGCCCUGAAAAGUUUCAGAUUGAAGCCAACUUUCCCCGGCGGGUGCUGCCUUGCAUCCCUUCAGAGGAGUGGCCCAACCCCCCCACACUUCAGGAGGCCGGACUCAGCCACACAGAAGUUCUCUUUGUUCAGGACCUGACAGAUGAAUGACAUUUUUUUUUCCCUCUCCCCUCCUACCCUAAUCCCUAAAAGAAAUGGAAAAACAAAACAAGAGAGAGAAAUUCAUAUUAUUAUUAUUAUAAUACAAUAUUUUUUUUAAAAGACUGCUGCAUCCUAAGGAAGGAUCAGAAACCAUGCUGCCUAAAAGAGUCACCACCUGUGUGUGUGCAUGAAGGUCAGCAGUGAACUUUCCCACUGGCAAGCCCACCCUUCCCUACUGCCUCUGCACCACGCACCUUCCAACGAAAUGAGACUCUUCAAUCCAGUUCUUGUCCCAACUGGGGAAGGGGAAAUUCCCACUAGUUCUCAUUCAUUCUUGCUUUUAUGGAAAAUAAAAGUGGAAAAAACAUCGACCAGCUACUACUGCAGCAUCUCCUGAGGACUUGCUUCUCCCACCACCAGAGAAGAGGGAAGAGAAGGCACAGAACAGAGAUGUUCCUUGAACUUCCCACAAUUUAUGAAUAACUUCUAAACAUUUUUUGUUGCUUUGUAAUGACCAAAGGAAUGAGGCUGACAUAGGUGUUCUUAACUUUUAUUUGAUAAAAAGCCAAUUCUUAAGCCCAUGAGUUCAUGCCCUGGGCUCCUUAGCCCAUAAGAGUGUAAUAAAGGUGACCUGGGCUGGUUUGUGCUUAUUUUUGCCAUUGUCCCUCUCACAUUCCUAGAGAGGUUCUUUUUGGUCCAACUCUUGCUGUCCUUUCUUAGCAUCUAUUGUGCCUCGCUUGAAGUAUUGGGAGGAAAUCUGGGUUCGUUGCCCCACAAAGUCUCUGUACAGAUAUCCCCAUAUAUGCAGUGUGAACUCUGUGUAUACUCAUUAUACACAUAACUGUAGUUGUCCCUUGGAAUCUGUACUAGAUGGUUAUUAUGCAAUUUGAACCAAAGGAUAGCAGCUCUUCAUUCCUCUUCUGAUUUGUGUGUGCUCUUCCUGCCCAUCCCUGAGUAUUCCUGAAUUGCCAAUCUUGGUGCCUUCCCAAAGGACUAGCAGGGUCAAUGGUAGAACCAGCAGAGCCCCAUGAUGGUGCCCUGCCUGUCUCAGUGGGAGGGUGGUGGUGGUGGUGGUUCAAGGAUAGAACUAGAAACCUUGAAGGGAGCCAAGACAGAACUCCAGGUGUGUGUAAACUGUUGGAAGGUACAGUUAGUUUCUGAUAUAGCCACCUGCUGGAAGCAGUUUUUAAUACUCUCCCUCUAUUGCUGUGUUGAGGUAAUAGGGGUUUUUAAACCUCAGGAUGGAUGUCUCUUCUUUGGUUGAGUUUAUGGUAACGGGUACAUGGGUCAUGCCAUGUAUUAUUAACAGAUGUCAGCGUGAGCUGGCAAAUAUUCCAAAGUGUUCUAUAGCUAGACUGGUGCAGACUUGUAACACAGCAAUCUACUGAAGUAACUAGAGCCUAGCAUGCUUUGAGGCCAGGGCCCAUAUCAAGAUAAAACAUAACUUGGUAGAUUUGCAGUCUCCAAAGGCUUUCUCUCUUGCUUACCUAAAAAUCUAAGGGCAACUCUUUUAGGUAGCACUGAUGUAUGUGACUUCUCCUCUGCAUCCCACAGUGGUUGGGGUAAACAUGGGUAAGGGACGGGAUAAGGAACCUCACAAGGCACCACCUAGGGAGCCUGGGAAUUACCCAGUGGUCUUGGCACAGAUGUCUAAAACACCAUCUCUAAGAAAAUUUAAUUUAGUUCUGCUCCUGGCUGCCUAUUAUUCCGUUUUGUUUACUGCUGCCUCAAGGCCAGAUGAGUGGGAAGUCACUGUUGGCAUUGAAAGGUAUCUGGAAUGAAUACCAGGAUAAAGCAUAUUCUCUAUUCAGCCUUAUGUGAAGUCUGCUUCCUGCUUACAACCAUGCAAAGAGGAAUUUUUCCACAUAACUCCGAGUCUCCCUCCCUGUCAAACUCCUAGCUGUUUCCCUAGCAGUACACAGAAGGGCAGGAUAUUAAGGGCCUUCUCUAGGUUGGGUAUUGUUUUGGGUGUUUUGCCCACACCUCUUUGGGAAGUUGUAAAACUUUUUCCUUAAUUCAGUCUGCAUCUUAUUCUACAACAUGCACUUUAUGUCUCUUGGCCUUUCAAUACUUGUUCAGUGAAGGAGGUCAGAUGCCAGACUAUUAAGAAAAAGUGUAUGUUGGUAGAGUUCUUGGGAUGGCUUACCCAUUUACUUUAGGUUUCAGGAAGUUUUAUCUGAAGCACAUGUUCCUUCCUAGUCCAUGUUGAAACAAGCGUGCUUUGUUCAGACCCCAUUCCUCAUCGUAGGGCUGCUGCAUAGGUGUCAUCUCCCUUCCUCCUCCAUGAAGGAUGAACAUUUUGUCACUUAAAGCCAGUACAAUCUGUUACUCCCAAGGACCUCGGGACUCAGUGGGACCUGCAAGGGAGAAAAUACUGAGAAGCUGAUGAUCUGCAAGGAUUCACUCAUUUCCACAUCACCUCUGGGUUAUUUCAGCUGUUUAUCAAACAGCAAGCCAUCAACCUAACAAAAACACUUGUUUCAAGUUGUGUUCUGCAGUCCCAAAACUGACAUUGUAGAUUCAACUGAAUAACAUGGGAAAUGACCAAACAAAGACACCCAGUUGGAGUCCGUUGAAUUUCUGCAGUUAGUGGGGGCAUUUCUGGUCUUUUCUUCCACUUCUGCAGAAUUUCCUGCAGCAAAUACUUUUUUGUGCUUGUUUGCCUCCACUAUGAUGUUUGGAUAAAAAAUGACCAGAGAAUAUCUCUUAAAAAAUAAUAAAAUAAGGAACCUAGAAUCUUCAACUGAGCAGUCAUUAUGAAAAUUGCUAAUGGUGCCAAGGCCAAGGAAAGAGUCAGAAAAUGACUGUGGGAAAGAGUGAUAACCCCCAGAAUGCAAAAUCAGGAGUAUUACCUGGUGCUUGAACAAGGAGCUCCACUUUGCAACUGGUUUUUUUUUUUAGGACUUGUGAGGAACGCAGCAACAGGAAAUCCAUCCACAAAAGAUGCAGUGUCCCAACUUGUACUGCGCCUGAAUAGUUACAUGAUAAUUUACUGAAGAAAUCUAGUGUACUUAAAAUUUUUUUCAUAAAAGUUUACAUUGUAUUGUAGGUUAACAUUAAAUGUUUUAUAACAAAAGUC